UUGCUCUUGGGGUGUGAGCAUCCCUAGCAAGGCCAACAUUUGUUGCCUAUCUCUAAUGGGCCUUGAGAAUGGUGGUGGUGAGCGGGCUUCUUGAACUGCUUUAGUCCAUGUUGUGUAGGCACAGCCAAAAUGCUUUGUGUGCUGGUUUGAUACAACUGAGCGGCUUGCUCGGCCAGUUCAGAGGGCAGUGAAGAGUUCAUCAUAUUGCUUUGGAUCUGGAGUCUCAUGUAGACCAGACCAGGUAAGGAUGGCAGAUUUCCUCCCCUGAAGGACAUUAAUUGAGCAGGGUGACCAACUGUCCCGGAUUUUCCAGCACUGUCCCAUAAUUUGUCCUUUUGUCCCAGGUCAGGCCAUCUCAGGACAUGCACGUCCUGGAUUUCCAGCACCCACAUCCCUUUAUGCAGCCCUUAAACAGCCCUUUAUGCCAUCUCCAUCCCCAUCCAUCCCCGGCCAAACUCAAAUCUUCAACACCCACCAUGGCGAAACGUCGCCUUUUCUUUUCAUCCAGAGGUGAUCACUCUGCAAGUGAGUCAGAUGGGGCUUUCCAACAAUCUGGUGGUCAUUAUUAAUGAGAGUAGCAUUUUAUUCCCAGAUUUAUUAAUUCAGUGGAAUUAAAUCUCCUUAGCUACAUUUGAACUAAUUUCCGGAUUAGUCAGGUCUUCUGGAUUGGGGGGGACACUAUAUUUAAAACAGAAGAUUGAGGUUGGGUACAAUAAAAAGCAUUCGUGAACACAUAGAGAGAGGCUUCCCCCAGGAAAGAACGUGACUUGGCACAGAAACUGCUGAAUGAACAAGAGCCAUCCUGGCUGGGCCGUGACGUCACGCGUUUUGUGGACUGUCUUCAAACGUCAAAGGAAAGGGGGAAAAAAACAUGAUGAGGGCGAGCGGGGGCCUGAGAGAGUCGAGGCAAAUGACGAGAGAGAGGUUGGAAGAGAUUUCUCCACACAGCUGGUUGAUGGAGUCCCACGGAACAAUUGAGAAACUAAAGCAUGAAGUUAAAUGAACGAAGCGUGGCAUACUAUGCCACCUGUGACUCUCCUACUGACAAGACUGGAUACUUGCAUAAGAAGGGAGAGCGAAACACUGCUUAUCACAAGCGCUGGUUUGUUUUGAAGGGUAAUCUGUUUUUUUACUUUGAAGAAAAGGACAGUAGAGACCCAAUUGGAGUAAUCAUACUUGAGGGAUGUACUGUGGAGCUGUGUGAAUCUUCAGAGGAUUAUGCCUUCGCAAUCAAGUUUGACAGUGUUAAAUCACGGACAUAUAAAAUGGCUGCUGAGAGCCAGGGAGAAAUGGAGUCCUGGGUUAAAGCUUUAUCUCGUGCAAGCUUUGACUAUAUGAGAAUUGUUGUGAAGGAACUUGAAAAGCAAUUGGAAGAGAUGCAGCAAAAUAGAUCCAGCGGUCGCAAAAGCCAGAGAAAACCACUACUGCGAAAGCACGCAAUCAGUCCUCAUAGUACAUCACUAAUCUCACAUAAUUCCUUUGUAUCUCAUAGGACUCCUGUUAAGGAGAAUGGCUAUGUCUCCUGGAAUGCUACACCAGAUCAAACUAUUGAUACUGAAUUUAAUUGCAAAGCACAUGCUGUUAAUGAUAAUAGUGAUAUCUCAAAAUGUUUCUCAGACCAGGCACCUGAAAGACCCCUACAUACACAACGCUUGCCACCACCUCUUCCCCCUCGGAGGAGAUCAGGAACAGGAGGGGUAACAUCCGUGAUUGGUGGUCUGAUGCUCACCCAAGAUAACAACACAGCAGCGGGGACGUUCAACUUUACCAGGCUACAUGAAUGGUUCGGUAGAGAUAUAAUACAGCUGCGAAGACGAUGGCAAGAGAACAAGUUUAGAAAGGAUGGUGGAUCACAACUGGAUCAAAUGUUUUUUAAUUAAUAAUUUCAUCUUGCGCAGUUCCUUUUUAAAAGGACAACUUCAUGCUCCAGUUUUAACCUUAAUCCUGUCUCCUUUACCUCCACAUUCUAAUCCAGUAGAUGAUUUCUAGGAAAUAUACAAAUGGUAUAUAAAACCUCAGUUUUCAUUUGUUUUAUAAUCUGGCUGGAUCCAGCAAAGGAAUUACUUACUUUAUAAUGGGCACUGGGGAGUGCCAUGUAUCAUUUGCUUUUUGUUUCCUUUUAUUUUAGCUUUACUAUUACUGGCAGAGAAAUUUAAAGUUAACAUGUAACAAAAAACAAAAUACAGUCAGGUCUUUCCUUAUGGCAUAAUGAGUAAAAGCACCAACUUGGUGUAAAACUAUGGCAGGAGGUCUUAAGUUUAGCCUCUGGUAAUGUCUCAUCUUAGCCAGGACAGUUUUUUAUAUGCUACAGUUGACCUUGGCCAACUGAGGGGUUUGGAGGGAGGUAGGAAAUCAGCCCAGGCUUCCCACACCUUGUUAGAAUUUAGUGACUCCCACUGGCUCAUGCAUUUGAAGAAUUGGACUCUGUUGUGAUGCCCAAUCAUUUGGGAAUAGCCUGCCAACUUGCACCAUGUAGGUAGGUUUCCACAAGAACAGUGGCCACUGGACCUCAGCAACUUCAGGAGGGAAAGGAAAAGGAGGUAAACAAAUCAAAGUACCAUCACAAAGCUGAGAACAAUCAGAUAUAGUUUUUUUUGAAUAAUUGGUACUUUUCCCCAAGCUGAUACAGGAACCCAUCACUCCAGUACUAUUUGUCUAUUUUCUGGCAUCCGCCAUUAAAGACUCUGGGUUAAUGACUUGAAUAACAGACAUUUUACAAGCAGCUGGUUUACAAAACACUAAAGUAACUAAUUCACAUUGUCAUUAUGAAAAUCUAGUGACUACAAAGGAUACAAGAGGGCAGUAUACAAAACACUAACUUAAAUGACUAGUGUCCAUUAUCAGAAUGAUAAUCUAGUGACUACCAAGGAUAUCCAAUAGUACAAUAUUUUUAUUUCUGUGCCCUGUUUAAAGGGAAAAGAUAGGCAUGAGCUGCUCUGUCAAAUACCAAAAUGAUUGAAGGCAUAUAUAAAUAAAGGAAUACAUAUUUAUUCUUUUGGAAUUCAUUUGGUUAGUAAAUACAGUAUUUAUAAACUGUACACCUGCUCUGUACAGUUCCCAGGGCUUACUCAAGACUAGGUACCUGAAAGGCCACAACAUACGCAAUGUUUGCCACCACCUCUGCCCCUGGUCCGAGAUCAAGAACAGGAGAGGUAAGGUAUUAUGUAAUAUUGAGACGUACAGAACACUUAACCAUAUGUAUAUCUGGGUGCUAGUUCAGUCCCUUGGUUUAGGCUGAGUCAGCUGCACAAAUUGGCCCUAGUUUCCCUAGGCAAAGGGAGAAAAAAGUCAGUCUUUUCUUCCCUGAUCAUCAUCCACUGAUAUGCGUACUCUAGAAAGUAUCAUGUGGACAGGAUCAAGCUUGCCUGUGGCAACCCCAACAGAGAAUAAUACUCAUAGUAUCAGCCCACUGAGAUGAUGUACUGGAUGGCUACAGCCACACCCUAAAGCAUAGGGAUAGAAAACCGGUGAAAGGGGAUUAACUGCUCUGUACACACCGUACCCAAUUUUCCUUUCAACUGAAGUUAUCCCCAGCUUUCUACCUCCACCCUGCCCUCCCAUCCUCAUAUUUGUUUUCCCAAAAUGGCUUCAGAUUUUUUCUUUCCCAGAAGGUUGUAUGUGACAGUGGGUGAUUGACGGUGUUUGUGGGGUGCGUCAUUUCUGUAUAGGGUAGGGCAAUGAACAAACGGGUCCUUUCUUAUCAUUUUUAUACCUGCAUGAGCCUUCAAAGGAUGAAGAAUUCUCUCUAAAAAGCACAUUUUAUAUUGCAGAAUUAAGAAACAAAAUCUUUAACAAACUGCAUUUCACCUAUUAGCCAUGAUCACUUUUGUAGUCAAAUAGUCUACUGCCACAUAACUCCCUAGCUCAUGUAUGCAGAAUGAUAACUGGAAUAAGGUCCUGAAAUGUCAUUGCCACAUAUGUAUCUCAAUAUAAGAUGCACCUUUAUCUCCAUUUGGUGGAAAAAACACUAACUUGUGCCAUCUUAAAACGAAUGGCUUAAAAAAAUUAUAACCGCUAUUGGAAUGAGUAGAGAGAAAUAAAACAUUUACAGAAUUACAAGAAAAGUAUUGACAUUUAUAGAAUGCACAAAUGUUUAUUAAAUCAUCAUUGGAGCUUGAAAGUUCCCAGAUGAUACAGUAACUCAAAGUACUAGUUGUUUGCUGUUGUUCUUGUCCUCUGUAUAACCCUCUCCCAACAUCGGUGUCAAACUAUAUAUAUCACUAGUAUUUUGUAACUAGCAAAAAAAAAAAAAUCAAUUUAUAUAGUAAAAGUGGAGUGAAUCAAUGUUAUUCUUGGGUGUUUGUUGCCUUUAAUAUAUUCUACCCAAGACAUGAAGUACACUAAUAGGCCUUUGUACUUCAUCUUGUUCCCUCAAGAUCACUGGUUGGCAAUGCUAAAUGUGAUUAUAGAUGAAUAGCCAUUAUAAGCAAGAAAAUUGUUUUUUGUUACCCAGUGUUUGAUAUCAGUUGACAAAUGCAAUCAAUACUGUUGUUACCCAGACAUCACAAAGUAUGAUAAGUGAAAUCCUUUCACAUUUAUAUAACAAGUGUUAUCCUGAGGGUAGAAUCGUAAAUAUUCUCUAUGGCUUUGGAGUUAUAAGGAAGCUCAACUUCAGUCAAUAUUUGUUGUGUUUUUAGUGUAAUGUUAAAUGGGUUUUUACAAUUAUUAAUUUUUAAUAAAUGCACAUUUUAAAAAAGCAAUUUUUCAGAUUACAACAUUUUGCUAUUACUGAGACAUAGCAUUGUCCAUGAUAUUUCAAAAGUUGCACCUUAUACAGAAAAGAUCAUUUGUUUGCAUUGUCACCUAAUGAAUUUAUCAACUAUAUAUCUGGCGAAUGUUCAGAACAUUGAGCAGAAUUUUUAAAUUGAAAUGUAGGACUACAAAAGAUGUGCUUGUAGUAUAAGUUGCAUUACAGUGAUGGGGGAGGUUUUUUAAAUCGAUAUAUGACAGCCAUAUAUAUUUGCAUUUUCUCUUUAAGAUUCUAUGUGUCGACCUGGAUUACUGUUUGCCUUUUAGUUUACUUUAGGGCAGCAGUCUUCAAAAAUUCCAAUACUUUAAUCUCCAGUGUAGGGAAGUAAUCUGGCCAGUCUCUAAAAUAAACUAUAUCUGUCCCAGAGGACAUAUACAGGAAUCUCUUUCAAUAACAGUACACCAAUAAAAUCCUGAGAAGUGUUGUAAUGACUGAUGCAGUGCUAUUAAGUGAUAAAAAGGGAGUGGACACACAAUGGAAGGAAACUGGGAAGAGUUGAGAACAGAUGGGAAAAUCCUGGUUAUUUUUAAUUGGCAAAAGAUGCACUUGAAUCAUAAGGCACAUAAUAUAAUUAGUGGGUGUCAGUUUAAAAUCAAUGUGGCAUUCAGGCAUGCUUCUAUGAAUGUAUUUUAUAUUAAGCUGUGGGAAGCUAAUUAGAUCUGUCUAUUUCUGUAUGGAUUAAAAAUUGUAUAUUAGAAUUUACUACUUUCAGUUGUGGAAAUUCACUAGACUUUCAAUUUAAGCUUCCACUUUCAUGAUUCUACAAUCAGUCACUUCACGUUUUGAGAAUUUUUGCGCAGAAAUUGAGUUUGAUCACAAUCCUUUGAUCUGUUAUUUUAACAGAAGCUUUAUUCCAUUUACUUUAAAAGUCUCAACUAAAAUAGCUCAUUGGAAUUUCAGACAAAGACAUUGGUGUUCAGUUUAAGUAUCCUAUAAUAUAAUUUCAAAACCCUUGGCUUUAGAUGAGAUUGUAGAAUCCAAAUCCAACAGAAUGUACUGGUCACACUGAUGUGAAAACUGCAUUUAUGAUUUUUAGGUCCAGUGGCAAAGGAUCACUCAUGCAUUUCUGUUGCCCAGUUUGUAAGUCCCAAAACCUGUUGCAACUUGUAUACCUGUUUUUGUCAGUUUACACAGUUUUUAAUUGUAGUUGGUUUACAAUAUACUGCAGAAUCAUACUUAAUAUAUCUGCAUGACUAAAUAGUUGAGCUUGUGAGCUGAAAUUAGAGCAAAGUACUGUAAAGUUUAUAAAUCACUUUUUUUCUGUGGAACUGUACAAGUCUGUGCAGCAAGUUUCCUUUGACCACAUCAGUUUCAUUUUCUUCACCAUUAAUAUCUAUUAGUAACCAGUUGUUGUUGUUCUGUAAUGUUGAUUUUUUUUAAUGGGAAAAAUACAUAUUUUUGCACAGGAAAACAUAGGCCCAUGUGUUCAAUAUAUUACUGUGUAUGUAAAAUGUGCCCACUCCUGGUCACUGGUAUGUCUAUGGUGAGGAUAGGUUUGGCCUUGAUUAUGCUGCCUUCCGUUGUCAAACAGCCUGCCAACACCCACUGUCUAAGUUCACACCAGAUGAAUACCUGCUUCAGUACAUUUAUGGAUGGCCUGUUGCUGCUGGAAACCAUACCUCAGUCUAGAUUCAGCACCUUCAGGAGAGGGGAGAAAAUUGGCAGGAAAGUGAAUUAAAAAGAAGAUAAUUAGAAAGCUUGUCUUCAGUCUGUUCCUAACAUGAUCUGGAGCACAGAAUCAAACAAUUGCCUUAAGCUGCUGCCAUUGUGCAGCAUUUACCAUAGCUUUUUAAAAUCAAGACAGUUAUAUUCUUGGCCAAGAAAAUGAGAGACUUUCAUAGUUAUGCCAAAAGCAAUUAUAAAAGGUAUAUUUGCCUGGUUAAGGAGGGGAGGUAAUAAAUUGGAGGAAAAUUAAUGAUUGCGCUUUGCUGUCAUCAGCAUUACAAUCCAGACUUUCAUCAAAUAAAUACACAAUACUUUAAUGUUUGACUAUCUGCAAGUGUUUGUUAGUAGUAAAAUUAAAGCAAAAUAAUGCAGAUGCUGGAAAUCUGAAAUAACACAAAAUGCUGAGAAAGCUCAGCAGGUCUGGCAACAUCUGUGGAAGAGUCAUAUUGGACUCGAAAUGUUAACGCUGUUUCUCGCUCCACAAAUGCUGCCAGACCUGCUGAGUUUUUCCAGGGUUUUGUUUUAAAUCAGCCAUAUUUGACUAACACAAUUCUUAUUGAUUGCAAUCUGCAAAAGCUGCGGUGUAAACACACAGGGUGCUGUUCACUUAACCAGCACAAAGAAUGCUACCAUUAACCAUUUUUAAAUUUGGCAUACAGUUCUCAAAAAUACUUUAAGGUUAUUUUGUCAAUCCUAUUUGUGAACUUAGAAUUUUGGAAAUGUGCCACAAAUUUUUAGAAAUAAUUUGCCAGUCUUGGUUUCUUCAUCAAUGAAUUAUCUUGAAACAUUAUUUUUGAAACAUUAUUUUUAAGUGAGUCACUAUAUUACAAGAUUAUAGAAACCAUGAGCAUGCAGUGUAAAAAUUUACUGCAGAUUAAACUUUGCCCAUACUGCAAUUAUUUUAUUUAUAUUUGACAGCAUCUUACCAUUUUUAAUAUUUCAUCAGUUUUGUGCAUUUUACCUGGCACAGUUUCUGAAACUCUAAAUUAUUCUAGACUGAUUAUUCAAGUUCUUUUCAAAUCACCAUGUGUAAACAGAUGAGCUUAUGGUUUGCAGAACAUGUGUAGCUCUGAUAAAAUAGGGUAUGUGUUUAGAACUGUGUUGUCAAUAGAAAUCACUGCUAACCACAGUGUGGCUGUAGAGGCACUAUAUUAGCAAUUUGUAUUAGUUUUAGCAGAAAACGCCUUACAUUUACUCAUAUUAUAAUAAAUAUACUUCCUGUAUAUUUAUUUAAACACAUCAGUGUUCAGUAACCAAAGAAGUAAAACACUAAACAAUCAAAAAACACUCGCACUCUGCUUUUCAUCAGCCUUUUACCCAAAAAAGUUAAAGUACACAGGGCAUACAGGUGUACCAAUUUAACUAUUAAUAUCACAUACCCAACAGUGAUGUCCAUCACUAAUGUUUUAUUUGCUAAUCAGAGAUGCAAUUAGUCACACCUGACUUGUGGCUAAAGUAUUGGGCAACAUUGCAUUUGAACACAUUUUAAGAUUUAAAUCCAAACUUGCCUCAAAUAAAAUAUGGAUUUACCAAUGUGUACUUUGUUUUAAAAGUAUAUUUCUCAACAGGUCCAAAAAUGCUUUUGAAUACAUAUCAAGAAAAUGUAAGCAAAUCUGUGCUUUAUUAAAACCACAAAGCAAAACUGCAAUGAUCUUAAAAUAAUAAAAGCCAUAGAUAUUUUGCACAGUCAUAAAUCAUAAGACAGACUAAAAACAAUUCAUAAUGUGCAGGUUUAAUUGUAUUUUAACUGUUUAUACAAUGUUAGUACAUGUGAAUAACUCUUUGGGAAUGAUAGUUCAGUCAGUGACUUGGAUAGCAUCAUACUUCUACUUUUAGAGGUCAGAUUCUCAAAUGUAAUGCUUGUCUGCAUGAUUGAAUUCCUUUUGCAGUAAAACUAUUUUGGUUUAUUUUACGUUCAGCUGAUCUUUUCGAGCUAACAAAAACACAUUGCACAUUGAUAUUGGAGCGGGAGAAGUUUGCAGGAAUGGGAAACAAAGUCACUGAUAACAGAUGUAUUUGGGUAUGAUAAAGUGGCAUUUAUGCAAGGGCUUUGAACAUUUUUAGUUGCCAAAAGGCAUAUGCAAAACACCAUAGGUCCUUGUUUAGUGACGUGGUGUAAGGUUUGAUCCUGUAAGAUAUGAAAGACACUACAUAAAUAUGUACCACACAAAUAUAUUAUAAGAUUGUUUGUCAAAGUAAUAUUCCCUUAUUCCUUUUGGGAAUUGUGUUAAGACAUUUUGCUUAACUUUUACAAAGGGUGGUAAUUUGUAUCUUUCUAGUAAUAAGCAUAUUAUUUAAAUAUGAUUUUUGUAAUUAAAUAUUUCAAUUUACAUGGAAUAUCUUGAUGUAUUGGCUACUUGCAUAAUUGCAUGAAUGAUCAAUCUUUUUUUUGGUCCAUGAUAUACAAAAGUGUUUACCAGCCAUCUACACCUAAUAAAUGAAUUGUGGAAAGUA